AUGGAGCUCUCCGGGAUGACUCGGGUUCAUCUCCUGCUGGCGGUAGUCUGGGGGCUGGGCUGUCUGGAGACCCCUGCAGAGGCUGUGUUUUGCUACGAGAGAUUUGACGAGACCUCCGGAUCCUGCGUCGAGCUGCUAGGAGAUGAUUUAAGCCAGGAGGACUGCUGCCUCAAUCUUAACUCCGGCUUCCGAUUGCAUAAGGAUGCGCCUUGUGAGUCCUGCCGCCCAGCUGCGUGGAGUGAAUGGUCGCCGUGGACUCCCUGCUCCGUUUCCUGUGAGGAAGGGACCCAGCAGCGCAGCCAGACAUGCUACGGCCAGGGCGCCUGCGAGCAGGGCCCCCGCCGGUGGGAGCUGAAACCCUGCGGCUUGGGGGAGUGCUGUCCUGUGAUGGGGGGCUGGUCCGAAUGGGGGGCCUGGAGCCCUUGCUCGGUGACCUGUCUCAAAGGGAUCCAGACCAGGCAGAGGACCUGCACCAAUCCCGCACCUGAAUGUGGAGGCACGUGCCCAGGAGACAACAUCGAGACGCGUUCUUGUGACACCAGGCAGAUCUGCCCAACCCACGGGAGCUGGGGGAGUUGGGGGCCCUGGGAGGCCUGCUCUGCCACUUGCACCCCCGAAGGUUCAGCCGUGAAGCCUGGACAGCAGCGGCACCGUCAGUGCAACAACCCUGCGCCUUCCAGCAACCCUCGUGGCAACCCCUGCCCGGGAAAUGGCCAAGAGUCACAAACGUGUGACGGACUGCCCUUUUGUCCACAGGAUGGCAACUGGGGCAACUGGAGGCCUUCCGGCGACUGCUCGGCGACCUGUGGGGUUGGCCGGCAACUGGAGAAGCGUCUAUGUGACAGCCCUGCACCGAAGUAUGGAGGGGAAAGCUGCCACGGGGCACAGGUGCGCGGUCUGGCCUGCAACACCCAGGUGCCAUGUCCAGUGGAUGGACGUUGGGCUGAGUGGGCCGAAUGGACGCCCUGCACCAGGCACACCUUCACCGGGAACAUCGCCUGCCGUGAAAUCCCUGGAUUUCAGAGAAGGACCAGACGGUGCGUUGGACGGGCCCACGAUGGGAAGCGCUGCCCAGAUCACUAUGCUGAGAUGAGAAACUGCUACAACGUAGAUCGUUGCCUCUUGUCGGGUGUGUGGUCAGACUGGAGUCCCUGGGGCCUGUGUGAGCCCCCUUGUGGGAAGAACCCAGUGAGAUAUCGCAAAAGGGAAUGCAAGCCAACCUACCCUAAUUACCCGAUGGACAUUCAAGGCUCCGAAGGUGUCGGGAAGAUGGUCAACACCAGCUUCUGGGGGAAACCGGUACCCAAGUGCGACCUCCUGGAAAAUCAGAGGUUUCAGCUGGUGGAGAAUGCCACGUGUCAAAAUGUGCUGCCUUGUCUAGGUCAGACUGAUUUUGCAGGAGCAGAUGCCGUGGAUUUCAGCGCUGGAUGCUGCAAUGGUGAAGGGUGA